UCAAGGGAGGUAAUUCAACUUAUGACCUCUUCACAAAAAACAUGGCGUCUGCAGCUUCCAUCUCUGCUGCAUCGCGAUCCGUUUCUUCGACUCGUCCGUGGAACCCAAAUUUUACUCACUCCGAUAGAGAAAGGUGGAUUUGUUUGUAUCCAGCUUAUAUCAACAGCAAAAAAACUUCUAAAGAAGGUCGGAGAAUUCCAAAAGAAAAGGCUGUUGAUAAUCCGACUUUUAUAGAAAUCCGAGAUGUGUGUGCGGCUGCUGGAAUGACUAUAGCACCAGAAACUAAAGUGUAUCCCCGUGAACUUGACCAUCGUGAUAAUAAAGCCCUUGGACGCCUCCGUAUUCAACUGAAGCAGGAAGAUGGGUCAGCAGUACAAGAAGAAUUCAAAACUAGGAAUGAUAUUUUCUUGUAUGUUGCCAAAACUAUUCCAAAGCUGAAGACCCGGCAGCAAUCUCAGUCAAGCUCUCAAUCUUCUAGUCAACUACCAGGUGGUAAAGGACCGAAGAAAAAAGGAAAAAAAGGACGUUAAUUACUGGCCAUAAUUUAUGAUAAUAAAGCUGAAUUAAAUUUAAUUAACAAGUAUCAUGUAAAAGUUAUUACUUUAACCUGAUAAUUUCUCUUAUUUGAUUAAAUUAAUUAGUGAUAGAUUUUGUAAUUAUCAAAAAAAAACCCCACACUUUCCACAUAAACUAUUUUUUUCAGCAAAUAUUUGAAAUAUUUUAUAUGCUUAAUUUCAUCUCUCUAAUAUGGUUUAUUUCUCUGAGGUUAAGAAAAUAAGUAGCAGUAAAAUACUGGGGUUUACUUCCUCUUCUGUAACCCUUCCCCAUGUCAUAUCUUUGUUCCUAAGUUCAAAGUUCUUAUUUCACACUCACUUUAAAAAUUAGACAUAACAAUAAAUGUGAAACUUCAAAACAAA